UUCCCAGACAUCGUGGAGUUCUGUGAGAUGAUGGCUAACACUGGGAAAACAGUCAUCGUUGCUGCUCUCGAUGGGACUUUCCAGAGAAAGGCCUUCGGGAGCAUCCUGAACCUGGUGCCACUGGCAGAGAGCGUGGUGAAGCUGAACGCCGUGUGCAUGGAGUGCUACCGAGAGGCCUCCUACACCAAGAGGCUGGGAGCAGAGAGGGAGGUUGAAGUGAUUGGAGGAGCAGACAAGUACCACUCCGUCUGCCGAGCCUGUUACUUCCGCAAGCGGCAUCAGCACCCUGGAUCCGAAAAUAAGGAGAAUGUGCCCAUGGGAGUGAAGCAGCUGGAAGCGUCUGUGACCCGGAAGAUCUUUGCUCCUUGA